AACAUAAAUCACGUUGCUUAUCGCGAGACGUGCAGUCUCCACAGCAACGUUGACAAGAUGGCGUCAGAAGAUGAAGGUCCAGAAGAAUCUCUUGUUGAUAAUCACAGAACAUCUUUACUAGAUAUAAUUGAAGACAAUAACAGGGCUGUAAACAAGAAAAGUUUGCUUCAUCGGAUGGUGAUCAUUUCAAAAUUAAGAAACCCAGACGUUGACAGAAGUCUAGUUGGAAGUCAAUAUGAAGCCAUGUUAAAAAACUUACAGAAUGUUUAUCAAAGUGAAGUGAUCAGUGGAUUAAUGUUGAUUUAUAUGAAACAUGUUGUUCAUGUUGUAGAGAGUUCUAUUGAUAUGUUGUUAGAGAUUGUUAAAGAUUUAAACCUCGGUGAAGAAUCCGAUGACAAUUUUAUUUCAGAAUCCAAGAUAUUAGUCAUUUCUCAUAACAUAGCUGAUCGAUUAUUUAACCAAUGGAGUUUUCGAGCUUUAGAAAUUCAAGUUCAUCGUUUAGAGGCGUAUGAACCGUCGGAAACAGUUGAUAAACUGAUUGUUGAUCUGUCAACACAACUCGUGAAACUGGGAGCCUAUAUACGUAAACAACCCAAGAUGUCCGUAAAAAAGGUUUUAGAUGCACUGCAUGAAAGAGUACCAGACUUGCUUCCUAAUCAAGCCGUUGUACAUUAUUUGUUAGAAGAAGAGGAUCCUCAAAUGAUUUUACCAUCAGAAUAUUUAGACGUUUAUCAAACACCAUUUGAUGUUCAUUCAGAUACAGAUUUGGUAUGGCCAUUACCUACUCGUCUAUUUCCUUACAACUAAUAACACUGGAGAAUCAUAUCCUCCACAUUUGAACAAAUAACUUUUAUCAAUAAAAAACCUGCCACAAACCGA